AUGAUAAAAAGCAUGUCUAGUCAUUCAUCAUUAGAAGCUUUAUCCAAUGAAUUAUUCUUAGAAAUAUUUGAUUUAUUAUCCUCAUUUGAUAUUAUUUAUUCAUUUUAUAAUUUAAAUACACGUAUUAAAUCUAUUAUUGGAACAAAAUAUUUUAUUUCUCUUGAUUUAACAAAUAUGCCAAUAAUGAAAAUUGAACACUAUUGUAAACAAAUUAUACCACAAAUAAAUGAUAAAUUAUGUAAAUUAACAAUUACAAAUGCAUCAGCUUGUGGUGAAAUUCGUGUAUUUAAUUUACUAUGUAAUCUCAUUGAUUAUCCACAAUUAGUCACACUUGAAUUGAAUAAUGCAUUAUAUUCUGAUUUAAAAUUAAUUAUACCAAAAUUAAAAUAUGUGAAAUCAUUAAAAAUAUCAUGGUGUGAUUAUGUAUUACCAGGAACGGAUAAAGAUCGGCGAUUGAUAAUGGAAUUAUUAUUCUCAGAUAGUACCAUUCCUCAUCUAACAUCUUUACAAUUAUCAUCAUUGCAUACUGAUGAUAUAAUCAAUUGGCAAAAAUCAUUUCAUCUAGAAGAAUUUACAAUUGAUUGUUGUAGUGUUGAUGUUUUAUCUAAAUUAGAUCGUUUUGUUUUAAAUAUUGAUUGUUUAUCAAUAACGUUUCCAUAUCAGACAGAUAAAUUAAAUCGAGAUGAUCUUAUUCGUUUAAGAACACUACAAAGUGAAAUAUCAAUGGGCUCAUUAAUGGCAUUUGAUGUAUGGAAAUUAGAUGUUAGAGGACGGCCAUUUGAAUUUGUUGAAUUAUUAAUCAAAACAGUUCAAGCAAGAGAUAAAUUAUAUAUAACAUUAUCUACUGCAUCAAUAGAUUCGUUGAUUGCUGAAAACUGGAAAAACCUAUUAUCAUUUCAUCGUAAUGCAUAUCAUUCUCACUUUCAACUACAUUUAAAUAUAACUGUUCCAUUUCAUGAACCAAUUAACAUAUCAGAAUUAUCAACUGAAUUUGAAACACAUUUUUGGACAAGUAAAAAGUGGAAAGUUAUACUUAAUGUUGAUAUUAAAAAACAAUUAAUUAAGCUGAAAACAUUACCAUAUAAUAAAAAUAACUUUUAA